AUGGCUCGCUUUCCAACUUUAAUCAAAAUUGCAAACGGUGAUUCCCCAUACCGUGAAAAACACCCAACCUAUAUUUCUCCAGCUCCUUUUGUGUUUGGUGUUUGGGGUCUCAUUCAUUUCUUGCUAGGUGGUUUCGUUAUCUAUCAAUUUUUUAGCUCUAAUCAAGAACUCGUUGAAGAUGGCAUUCAUUGGCACUUUGUUGGUAUUUCCUUGUUGAACACUUUAUGGCUUGCUCUCUGGCAAGGCGAUCAUCUUAUCCUUGCAUGGAUUACUAUUCUUUUUACUUCUUCACAAGUUUCAUACGUUUAUUAUACUAUCAAAUAUAAUUAUCCCGGAGGCAGUUUUAAAGAAAAAAUCUUUAUUCACGCACCAUUCUCUCUUUAUCAUGCAUGGAUUUUCGUAAUUACUGUUAUUAGUACUUUUGCUGCCUUCUUACCUGAUAAGGAUGAAGAUGAUGCAUCAAUUUUGGUUAAAACAUUGGUUGUUUUUGGAUUAUUUGUUCUUUCAUCUACUUCUGUUGGUUACAUCGAAGGAGCAAAGGGCGAUAUUACUGGUGCUGUUGUAAUUGCUUGGACUUUAUACGGAAUCUUCGUUGCUCAGGCGGAUCCAGUUAUUCAUUGGGCCGCGCUUGUUUUUGCUGUUUGCACUUCAUUUUACAUCUUAAAACCUAUCGUUCUUAAAUACUACCGUGGUGAAUCAGAUGAAAAUGCUCCUUUGUUGUCAUAA